AUGUAUAUGAGAUAUCAUUUAGAAACUCAUUAACCUAAAUCCCAUAACAAACAUCCAGAUUUAAAACUGAAUGUUCAUCACUCACACAUUCCAAGUUUACCGUUAUUACUUCCUUAGCAACUUAGUCCGGUGAAAGAGAAAUCACCCUAAUUAAGUAAAAUGGGAGAGUAAAUUCUCAAGCAAUGGGGAUUUUACCCUGACUCUAACCAUACAACAAAAAAAGAAAUGCAUACAGAACAUACAAAAUCAGAAAAAAAAUAUAAAGAUAAAUUUGAUGAUCUUUUAUAUAAUCUUCAUACUUAAAGACCAAAAUGUCAGAAGAAUCAUGAUUUACAAAACGAUUUCAGUCUCAAAAAGUCUGUUCAUUUCAACAGUGUAGUUACAGUUAAGGACAUAGAUGGUCAAGUUUCGUAAAAAGAAAUCAAAUUAUUUUCAAGAAAUAAGAGGAGGCAAAGGACUAAACUCGAAAAUUUGACAGUUUUUAGUUGA